AUGAAUAAGAUCAUAGAUACGAAGGCGUUUCUCCUUGUUUACCCGUGCAUUCUAGUUCAAGGAGCUUUGGUGAAUUUGAUCGCUGGAGCUUCGCGUCUCGAGCACCAGAGAGAUACGUAUUAUAUCCUGUCGUCAAAAAACUGGAUAAAUCAGAUAUUCGCAUAUCGGGGGAACUUGAUAUGGACUAUUUUAUAUGUAGCGUUGGCAAGCUUCCAAAUACAUAUGCGGGUUUCCAGGUCGGGAGCCUUGCCUCUGGAUGCGCGCAGUUCACGAAGAGAUAGUUUGAUGAGGACCGUUAAGCCUUACUUAGUAAAGUUGGCUUUGAAGAACUUAGCACUUACGCUGGUUUUUCUUAUAAUCGACAGAACAUUUAUUUGGACUGGGGGGUCUUGCUCCAUAAGUGAUACAAAGUCGGCUGAAGUUUGCCGGCAUCAAGGUGGGAAUUGGGAAAACGGAUUUGACAUUAGUGGCCAUUUUUGUUUUCUGACCACAGUGAGUCUCGUACUAUGGCUGGAGCUGAGCGCAUCCCAGAAGUAUAUGUCCAUUAAUGACAUAGUCAGUUCUCGGAGUUGGCAUUUCCUCAGGGCGUCGGUUGUUUUUGUACUUGUGACAUGGGCAUUUGUUCUGUCCGUGACGGCUAUUUACUACCAUACUUUUUUAGAAAAAGUGCUCGGCCUCGCCAUGGGAUACAUCUGUCCCGGUAUCAUGUACUGGGCCAUUCCCGCUCACCAAAAACUAAGCUCGCUGUUGUAUUAA